AUGGCCACGACCGCUGAGACUCUGUUUCGCGAAAAAUCGGUGGUUGGAGUCCGCGACUACAACUUGAAUCUCAAGCAGGAAAUAACUCGCGCAAGAGACACCUUUGACAAAGAGUUAAGCAAACGAUACACCGACAUACUGGCUGUGACUGAUGAAGUCGAAAUCUUGUUGCAAAAAGCUCGUCUGGCAGACACCAGUUUGAUGGACCUGUGUUUCAACGACUCGAAAUGCAAACUAGAGACUAUAUCAGAACCAGCAAAGGGAUUAAGCGCACAAUUGGAAUUCAUCAAUGGCUACAAUUCGGCCACUGCUGAAGAUUUUGGCCCCCCAGACGAAGCCUGCUGUACGCUGGCCGUAUCAGAGUGGGUUUUAGCGGUGCUGGAAUUCGUACAAGACCCAGGAUCCUUGAAAAACCUCGACUCGCUCGUAAACAGAUUUACCACCCUCAACCAAGUCAAGGUCCCCGAAGAGCUUUACGCAAUUAUAGCUCACAAGUGCGAAUCGCUUGAAUCGGUCAUCUUACAACACAAUUUGUCACUCACAGCGAGCCAUUGGGUCAGAUUGCACGAGCUGUUUCAUGCAGACCAAAGAGCACCCUUUUUCAAGUUCAACGAAGUCCAUGCAAUUGACGAUUUGGCUUUCGACUUCCUUUUGGGAAACGAAGACUAUUUACAGCGGAGUGCGACGGAAAUCGAAGUUCAAAAUUUCUUCAAAACACCUGUUUACAGAGCUAAAUCAAUAGAAAGAGCGCUGAAACUCAUCGACGACCAGUUCCAGAAAUACGAUAGUUGCGAACUUACGGAUAAACAAAGUGAUUUGGCUCUUUAUGGUGACAUCGACAUGCAGUCGCUGCAGCUUUUCAUCGAAAAUGUGGAUUCUUUCUGCAAAGGUGUCAUUGCUGCAAAGGAUCAAGAACUCAAUACUUUAGUGGAACGUGUAGUUGAAACGAUUGGGAAGCUCAAGAGCGCAGGUGCUGAUACAGCCGUGCUUGCGGAUAUUAAAGCACGUUUGACCAGUCGUGUGCAAAAGAGACUGGUGGAGCUCGAAAACGAGUUUCACGAGCCAGAUGUCAUUGCGUUGAAAUCACUUGAAAGCGUCGAUACCGAACAAUCUUCGAAGGCGGAAUUAGGAGGCCCAAAUAAGUUGCACGACUUGCAAUCUGUGGAGGAAAAAGGAGAUAUAGACGCACACAAAACGCUCUCUCCAGAGACUGAUCAAAUUCUAAUCGCACAAUCUGAAGCUGAAGCUGAGCAAGGAACUACAGACAGUAAAGAUAUCAAAGAUACGCCAAAGUCGGCUCGGGAAAAAGUCGAAAAGUCAUCCGAACAAACACAAGAGUUGUCAGAACAGAUUGAAGGACAGGGUCCAGGAAAAGAAAAUACACCAGUAAUCAAAACACCGAAUGAUGGGGAAUUGAAGCCGGUGGACCCAAAACAAGAAACAUUACAACUGGAACCGUCAAAGUUGGAAAACGAAUCGGAAGAGUCCGAAAUUCCAGAAACUCUGGAAAACCAAGACCACUCGUCAUCACCUACGCCAAAAAUUGAAAUUUCCGCGCAUGACGAGACAAUCAUAACGUCAAAAAGCUCUGAGGCCCUCGUGAAUACGGCAUUGAAUAUAACGAAUGCUCUUAAUCUUCAAAACCAUCUAAAGUCUCAAAUUCAGCUGAUUCAAACGCUAUGA